AUUCCCUUUUCCUCGGAGCUUCUACACAUUUUAUGCUGCAAAUAUGGACUCUCUGCUUCAAGACCCAUCCCACUUGUCCGGAAUAAUCCUAGCGAUCCUCGUCCUAUCAGUCCUUGUAUUAUUCAAAUCGAGAUCAUCAAGCAAGCUCAAAACACCACCAGAAGCCGCAGCCGCAUGGCCCGUCAUAGGUCACUUGCCCUUGUUAGCGAAAUCCAAGCUUCCCCACAAGACCUUGGCGUUCAUGGCCGACCAGUAUGGACCCAUCUUCACCAUCCGGCUCGGGAUGUUCCCGGCCCUAGUGGUGAGCAGUUCCGAGAUGGCCAAGGAGUGUUUCACCAAGAACGACGUCGCAUUGUCCACUCGGCCACGGCAAUUGGCCGUAGAGAUCCUGGGCUAUGGCUACGCCGUGUUCGGAUUCGCACCAUACGGCCCGUACUGGCGCGAGAUGAGGAAGAUGGCCACCUUGGAGCUGCUCUCAAACCAGAGGGUCAAGUUGUUGCUCAACCCUACUCUGGCCUCGGAAGCGGACAUGGCCAUUCAAGAGCUGCACGAGCUUUGGAUUGAGAACAAGGACCAUUCAGGCCAUGUCACAGUCGACUUGACGCAGUGGUUUGCAAAGUUGACUCUGAACGUGAUCAUCAGAAUCGUGGCCGGAAAGCGCUACUCCGCGGCGGACGAGGAAGAGGAGCAGCGGUGCCAAAAGGCGUUACGGGAGCUCUUCCGCUUCUUUGGGAUGUUCUUAGCGGCAGACGCUCUUCCUUUCCUGAAGUGGCUCGACUUAGGUGGACAUGAGAAGGCCAUGAAGAGGACUGCAGAAGAACUAGAUGAAAUUAUAGGUGGUUGGUUAGAGGAGCACAAGAGGAAUAAUAAAGAUCUGAGUGAGACCAAUGGUAAUGGAGAUUUCAUGGACGUCAUGCUUUCGGUCCUUAAAGACAAGGAGAAUGGAGGUUAUGAUGUUGAUACGAUUAUAAAAGCUACAUCCUUGAUGGUGAUUAUGGGCGGCAGUGAUACCACAAUGGUCACCCUGACAUGGGCGAUCUCGCUGUUGCUCAACAACCUUCACAUCCUGAAGAGAGCUCAAAACGAGCUCGACACUCAGAUCGGCAAGCAGAGGCAUGUGAAAGAAGCGGACAUUGCCAGCCUGACCUAUCUCCAAGCCAUAGUGAAGGAGACCCUCCGAUUAUACCCGGCAGCCCCAAUCUCGGGGCCGCGCCUGUUCACCGAGGAUUGCACAGUGGGCGAGUACCACGUGCCCAAGGGCACGAGGUUGAUAUUGAACAUCUGGAAAAUCCAAACCGACCCUAGGACAUGGCCCGAUCCAUUGGAGUUUAGGCCCGAGAGGUUCUUGAGCAGCCAUAAGGACGUCGAUGUGAAGGACUCCAACUUUGCGCUCCUACCAUUUGGAGGCGGCAGGCGAAUUUGUCCCGGAAUAUCUUUCGCACUCGAGAUGGUGCAUUUUCUUCUAGCCAGGUUCUUACAAGCAUUCGAGAUAGCCACCGUGGAUGAUUCACCGGUGGAUAUGUCUGAGAUCUUCGGACUUACGAAUUUAAAGGCGACCCCACUUGAAGUUAUGCUCAGGCCAAGAUUAACUCAGAACACUAUCAAUUGAGGUAGUGGGGAGUUUAUUUAUGAAAGAAAAGCUCUUGGAAAUGUACAACUAAGCGAAUGUGUACGCACUCUCUCCAUGCGUGGCUCAUGGAAGACAUAAUCACAUAUCUAGACUCUUCGGGUUGGAGUUGCUGACCCUGUAACUUCACUUGCAUGAAAAAGCUGAUCCGUUCGUGAUUGCA